UUUAUCUUAAAUUUAUUUAGUCUCAUUAUAAAAAUAUAUUUUUAUAACAAUGAAGUUUAUUUGGGCAUUUAUUAUUAUUGCUGCACUAAUUGCUCUCAGUCAAGGACAAGGUUACGGUAGAGGAUACGGAAUGUAUGGGGGAAGAGGUAGAGGUGGCUAUGGAAUGUAUGGAAAUUAUGGACGAGGAUAUGGUGGAGGUGGUUAUGGGUACGGUAAUCAACGAGGAUAUGGUGGUUAUGGUGGAUACGGUGGAAAUCGCCGUGGAAAUGGUGGCUAUGGUGGAUACGGAAGAAAUGGUCCUGUUCUAAUCGGCUACAUAUAAAUUUCUGAUAACUUGGAUCUAACGAAGAUAAACCAAAAAAACCUGCACGUCACUGAUAUGAUUUUGAAAAUAAAAUAUCUACUGAUGUAAAUUCUUUCGUUUAAAUAAAAUAAAAAUCUCAGUCUCUUUAUUUAAA